GACACUUGUUGCGGCAGGAACGUAUGGGCAGGAAAGGCAGGAAAUUAUAAAAUACCUAUGUCACAAAAUGUAGAACUUAUCAUCAACUUUUAACGCUGUUUGUCACCAUUUAUGGUGACCAUUUUUAUAAUAAUUGUACGGAAAUUUAUUAUGACAAUAUAUUUUACGUCUGCAAGUGCAGGUGUAUGUACGAUUGCUCUUAUAUUUUGAAUGGUAUUAUUUGCAAGAUUUGUCGAAGCGAUGGGUGAUGAAACGAAAAGUGAUGUACUUGAUAUUCCAAAGGACCGUUUUGCUACAUUAAAAUCAUUUAGGACUAAUGUUAUGAUCGUUAGCGAGCAUCGGGAUUCUUAUUGUUUGGCAGUAUGGAUGGCAGUAUCAGUGGGAUUGAGUCAUAUAUUAAUCGGUGCCGUGAACAUAACAGUGAUUAUGUACUCGUGUCGAACAACAGACAUCCAUUCAGCAUAUUUUACAAUUGCAUAUAACUUCUUUGCGGCAGAAGCUAUAUUAAGCCUGAGUUUUGUAAAUGGAUGGGCCACACCAAUUAGGUCGAUGCAUCGAAAAUAUGUUCAUAUAUUUCUUCAAUUAUGUACAAUUACUACAGCAGCAAGUGGAAUGAUCAUAGUGGCAAGGAAUAAGGAAUUGCAGAGCACUGCACAUUCAGCAUCAGGGCUGUUAACAUUGCUGUUCACUUUGUUCAGUUCGUUAACUGGACCAUUCGCUCUGAGGCCAGUCAUCAGAAGAGGUCAUUGUAUACACAUGACUUGUGGGAUUCUUUGCUUCUGCAGUUCUGUCAUAUGUCUAUGCACGGGACUAUGGAAAGAAGACUUCCAACGGUGGACGGGACAAAAUGUAAUCUACAUGUUAAACUUUUUUAUCACAUUUUAUACCUCACUUAUCUUAAUAACUACAAUAAUAAAAUUUGUAAACAAAGGCUAAGCUUAAAUUUUUGUAACGUUUAUUUUCGUAAUGUAUACUAUUACUUUCAUAAUAAAUGUUAUUUAUUCCUAA